UCGCACUGCAUUGCGGCACAGAAGACGACUUGAUCGGCGAAUUUCAGGCGAGGAUUCGCCAGUUGGUCGGGAAAGCGUUGGAGGAUCGCAUCUUUUAAUUUUAUGAAUCCGGUGCACUCCCAGCUUUUAUUUCACCAUUUUACCCUUUCUCGCCAGUUGCUUGGCCACUCAUCCAUCUCUUGGCGGUCCGGGGGAAGGGAUAAGAACCUUAGCCAUGAAGGUUUCUUGGCUCGUACUAGUCCUGCUGGCGGGGGGCGGAGCCGCAGUCGUCAGCGACCAGGUCCUCACUGACGGCAAGGUCAUUUUGAAGGCUGUGCCAUACCAAGGGCAAGACACACGCCAAGAUGGCGCUUCAAUACGGUCACCCAGCGCCAACGCUAGAACGAUCGACCUGGACACACUCAACAUCGCCCGCCCAAGCCAGAAGAACCGAACAGACUCCAAAAUCACCGCUCAGAGAGAAGUCUCAGACUCAGACUAUCAUGAAGAGAAUUUGCCCGUCAUCACACGGCGGGCCACCAACCGCGACCCGCAUGGCCCGCCACCUCAGCAGCCCGAGUCGCCAGGGUCGGGCCACGGCCCAGACGUUGACGACGUCUCAACCAGCGCAUCCCACGGGGCCGAGACGAGGAACCCUGCCUCAGCAAACAGGGCCAUCGCUGGCAUGGGCGUGGGGCUGGUGUCGGUGAUGUUGAUUUUCACUGUCUUUUUAUAAUGACAGCUUUUGACUUUAUUGCAUUUUUUCUUGUCAUGGUUUGGUCUGGCUUCAUUGGGAGUCGGGGUUGGUUUGGCUUUGGAAAUUUGGAAGGUG